AUGGCAGGCAGCAGUUUAAGGAAGUAUGGCAUUACUGAUGAUCGCUGGAGCAUCACGGACAAAAUCACCAUGUUCCGUGGGCUUACUGCAUUAUACGGACGUGAUCAAAAGCUCCAGCUUGACUGUGCUCGUGAGAUGCGUGAGAAGGAGUACAAUUCAAUUCGUAAACUUGCCCGAGAAGUGCAAAACUGGCGCGAGACAUUGGACAACAUCAUGGCCGGUGACCGGAUAAUGCUACAAACCACUUUGCAACGGCAGAAAGAUAUAUUGCUAGCAUACCAAAAACACAUGCCACAAGCCUCAUAUGACUACUUGGAUUACCUGACAAAUACACAACGCAAGCAACUGGACCUGCUUCAAUAUGAAAAGAAAAAGCGGACUGCACAUUUUCAUAAGUUAAUGUCUGAAAAAAUGACUAUCGAAGCCAAUCUGGAGGCUCUGAGAAAGGACUACACGCAAAGACUGAAGGAGCUGACAAUUCAGAACAAGAUUCAAGAUAUUUAUGAAAAGCAGAAAAGAGCAAUAGCUUUUGUCAGAAUAUAUGAAAGCAUUCUGGCAAUACAGAGAAAGGAUGUGCUGGUAUAUAACAGUGUCUUAAAAGCUUUACAAACAGAUUCAUACAUUCAGAGUCAAUGUGUCAUACAAACUGUUGAAAUGUACCAAAUGGCACUAGAAGAUGUUGCAACACUUGAAGCUGACAGCAAGACUCUUGAAAAAUCAAUAAUAUCCAACAUGAAGGCCAAAGAAGCUACCCUUAAAGCUCUAAGGGAUGAACUAUAUGACCUGACAGAUGAAUGCAAAGCCCUUACAUGCAGAGAGGGUGAUGAAGACCUCAAAGAUCAAGUGGAAAGAACACCAAGUGAAAUGGAACUAGCUGAGGAGUUGACCCACCUUGAAAUGACAAUGAGGAAAAUCCAGAACUUCACAUCUGUCUCUAUCUGCGAUGAAAUUUUUCCUAGGAUAAAAAAUCAGCUUCAGGAAAAGCAAUGGAUUGUCGAGCGACUGCAGCGAGCUUCUCAGCUCUAUUACAUGACAUCGGAGAAGAAAAGCACAGCAGAGAUGGCAGCUGUUUCCUUGAGGAAUGCAAUAUCUGAAAUUGCUUGCAAAUAUGAGGCUGAGAAGUCUGGUGUAUUGGAUGAAACACAAACACAACAACAGCUAGUCGAUCAAUGCAAUGAAGACAUAAAGGAGAAAGGAAAAAUGUUCAUUACAAUCAGAAUGUCACUACAAAUGUUGUACAGUAAGUUAGAUUGUAUUCGUCGGCCAACAGACAAAGUUGAACACAUGGACUCACUGGUGGCCAUUGAGUCUAGUGAGCUUGGUCGAGAAAAGAGUGAAGAGAGCAUCGAGCCACUUCCUUCAGAAGACCCUCUAGAAAUACUCCGCCAAGUUAUGAUACGAUCAAGAAAGCUUAUAAGCCAUGCUACACUGGCUUUGAAUGAAGAAGAAUUGGAAGAUGCAAGAGCAUUAUUCCAAACAACUGUUACUGAAAAAAUUAGCAGAGCUGAAUAUGGUGAAGCUGAUAAGGAAGAACAAGAAAUUAUGGUUGACUAUGAUGUCGAUGAUCCGUCUGUGCUAACAAGAGCAGAGAUUAAGACAACAAGUAAGAAGAUUGUUGCACAAUUUGAGAAAUCACUAUAUGAUUUCUAAGACUGAAGGUACACAUGUGCAAUACAUCAGCAGAACAUUGAAGUACAUAAUACGAAACAAAACCUGUACAAAAACAAACCAUUUUGUGAAGCUCAUACAAUUUUACAUACACGAAUACUAUGAACAUUGUGGAGUUUUCUGCCUGAAAUAAAAUUCUCAACAUGGCUCACUGCAUUUUCCACUUGCAUCUGCAUCACUGACAACAA